AAAGCCUUGUGCGCAGGCGGGUGAAGGGCCUCGGCCGGGCUGCGCGGCAAGGGAGCGUCGCAGGGCGCCGGGGUUACGAACGCUAGCUCUCUGGGUAGCUUUGUGUAAGGCGGUUGCUGUACCACAGCUUAGCUCUUAAGAGCUGUGCUGUAGCAAAGACUCAGAAAGGGCUUUCUUCAGCUGGAGCAGAACUUUAAUAAGGUUAGUUGAGCGGUCGUGUUACCAUCCCAGGGAGUCUACUUGCAAGCUUUUCUGAUAUUUUCACAUAUAAUUUAAUGACUAGCAUGGCGGAGAAGGUGGUUCUGCUAUAAGGUGCAGUGUAUGUUGGAAUACUUCUUGUGAUGUGUUUCAUGUGAUAUCUGUGGAUGUACCAUGUGCUGUCAUUUCAUUUUUGUUUGUUUUAUUUCUAAGGGCCUUGAUGCAAUUUUCAAGAGCAUAAAUGCUGUUAAACCUGUGUUCAGGUACUUUCAUUCAUUCAUGAAAGUUGAGUCGGGAUUUUUGUAUUACUUGCUUCUUUGGAAGUCUUAUUGUAGCUUCAUGUGGUGUUGUCAUGAAGGAGGGCUUCUUAACAUAAUGUAAAACCUUAUUCUUGGAUUCCUAGUUCUCUGCGCUUACCAAACCAAAUAGUAAGCAGCCAAAAUUAUCAUAGAUCUGUGACUGUCAUUCAACUGGAAAGAGAAGAGGGUGCAGUUGUUUCCUGGUACCUGUUCCCAGGAUUAUUUCUGGGCUUUGUUUGGUGAUAAUAUUCUUAAACAGUUACAAGAGCAGGAUCCAUCACAAGUUACCAGGCACUGGAUAGGAAGAACAGGCACAUAAUUCUCUUUCAAGUUUGCACUAUGAAAUUGUGGCAUUUAAGUUCAUCUUUGGUUCUGGUCCUAUAUGCCUUAAUAGUCCACUUUCAGGACUAAAAGUGUGUGCCUUUUUUUUUUUCCCCCCUGUGUGCCUUUUUUUUUCCCUCCUCCAAGACAGUUUAUAUAAACUAUCUAAUGUGUCUGGAACGGUUUAUUUUCAUAGUAUCAGUAAGAAAUGAAGAAAACUCUUCCUGAAAAAAUGCAGAAAAUCCAGUGUUUUUUUUUUUUUACAGUUCAAAACUACAUUUAUGAAUUUCAAAAACUGAUAAAGGUCUCUGUCCCGUGUAACUGAAUCCCUGGCUUGAAUUCCACCAGCAAAGAAGGACAUUUAGUUGUACUGCGUUAGAGAUUAAGUUAAAAAGCUCGUGCCCAUGAGAAAGAGAAGAAUACUAGUAUCCAAAUAAAUAAAUUUCUCCUUCAGUUUGUUGCUGCUGUUUUGAAUCUACAAGCUGAAAAAUUGGAAGACUUUAGAUUUAUUUGAACUGUAAAUAAAAAGAUCUUUUACACUCCUGGAAAAUGGCUGAUAUUCAGAACUGUGAUUUGAAAUCUUUGAGUCCACUUCAGCUAUUUGAAAAAGUAACUGAGCAAGGAGAAAAAGUCAGAGCACUGAAAGCAGGAAAAGCACCAAAGGAUGAAGUUGAUGCAGCAGUGAGGAUGCUGUUAUCAUUAAAACUGUCUUAUAAAACAACAACAGGUCAAGAUUACCAGGCAGGCUUGCCUCCAAGAGAUCUUGUAUCAAUAAACAAUGGUACAGCUAAAGAAGAGGAUGAGGACUUUGUGGACCCCUGGACGGUGCAGACAUCAAAUGCUAAAGGCGUGGAUUAUGACAAACUCAUAGUUCGGUUUGGUAGCAGUAAAAUUGACACAGAUCUCAUCAAUCGAAUAGAAAGAGCUAUUGGGCAAAAACCUCACCGCUUUCUACGCAGAGGAAUCUUUUUUUCUCAUAGAGAUAUGGACCAAGUCCUUCACGCCUAUGAAAAUAAGAAGUCCUUUUACCUUUAUACUGGCAGAGGCCCUUCCUCUCAGGCAAUGCAUGUGGGUCAUCUUAUCCCAUUUAUAUUCACGAAGUGGCUGCAAGAAGUAUUUGAUGUUCCCUUAGUUAUACAGUUGACUGAUGAUGAAAAAUACCUUUGGAAGGACCUGACAACUGAGAAAGCACAUGAAUAUGCAAUAGAGAAUGCAAAAGACAUUAUUGCAUGUGGUUUUGACAUCAAUAAAACCUUUAUCUUUUCUGAUUUAGAUUAUUUGGGGACAAGCGCAGGAUUCUACAAAAACAUCGUCAAAAUUCAGAAGCAUGUUACAUUUAACCAAGUGAAAGGAAUCUUUGGCUUUACAGACAGUGAUUGCAUUGGAAAGAUCAGCUUCCCUGCUAUUCAAGCUGCUCCAUCCUUCAGUUCAUCAUUUCCGCAGAUCUUCAAUGGCAAGGAGAACAUUCAGUGUCUUAUUCCAUGUGCUAUUGACCAGGAUCCUUAUUUUAGAAUGACCCGAGAUGUAGCACCUAGAAUUGGACUUCCUAAACCAGCCUUACUACACUCAGUCUUCUUCCCAGCCUUGCAAGGAGCACAGACAAAAAUGAGUGCUAGUGACCCAAACUCCUCCAUCUUCCUCACUGAUACUCCCAAACAGAUCAAGACCAAGAUUAACAAGCAUGCCUUCUCGGGCGGUAGAGAUACUAUUGAAGAGCACAGGAAGUAUGGGGGUAACUGUGACGUUGAUGUGUCUUUCAUGUACCUAACUUUCUUCCUAGAAGAUGAUGACAGGCUUGAACAACUGAAGCAGGCAUACACAAGUGGGGAAUUGCUCACAGGGGAGCUGAAGAAGGUGCUUAUUGAAACAUUGCAGCCCUUGAUAGCAUCUCAUCAAGAGAGACGCAAGCAGGUCACAGAUGAAAUGGUGAAGCAAUUCAUGACUCCACGGAAGCUAGCUUUUGAAUUUUGAAGAAAUGCGUAUGUAACUUACCACUUGAUAAACCAAAAUCAAAUACUUGUUGUCUUCUGUUGUAUGUCAUCACUCCUUAGUUAUGUACAGCCUGCUAUCAGUGCUUUAUAAAUAUUGCUUUUAAUGAGUUACUUACAAUGAACAUCAGAGUGCAGAAAAAGUUUAAAAUGGGAUUCAUAUCUAUUUAAAAUCAAAAUGUGCUAAUUGAGGAAUUGAUUCCAUACAAGACAGAAUUGCCUGAUCUUGCAGAGAAGCAUGUCUGUCAGCACAGGACCCUAUUUUAUUGUAUUUAAUGUUGAAAAUAUAUAUAAAUAAAAUUUCCAUUUUGAUGCUAAAGUCUAACUUGUAAAUUGUUUUAGAUUUGUUGGUAAGAGGUCAGAUCUCAGAAACUAAUACCUAGCAACUCCAAUUUCUUUUGUCCUGUGUAGCUUUGUUUACUAGACUACAUGUUCUAGCGGGCUGCUUGGGAACACGCCGCAUGCAUGAAGAUGAUGAAUGUUACGAAGUAGAUUACACGGGGACUUAGCCUGAGAUCAGUACGGAAAGGGUGGAGGCCUGCGAGUGGAACGCAGGAGAGAGUAAAAUCUAGUUGGCUUUGUUAUCCUCUUCCAAGUCACAGAAAACUGUCUUUGCUUUCGUUUCUUCAACUAUAAUACCAGUCUGAAUGCCUCUGAAGGAAGGAGAUAAAACAGGGUUGUGAAGUUCCUUGAUAUUCUCAGGUGAAAGAUAUUAUAGAAAUGCAAAUGUUAGUUUCUAGUUAUGAGAAAUACUAAGUGUUGAAUCAUGCUGUGAGAAUGAAGUCACUGCUGUACGCAGUGAUAUUUCUAGGGCUAUCUGUCCUGUUUUACUGCACCAGAUCAUUUAAACCCACAGUACUUAUUUUUAGAUCUAUCCAAUGAGAAAAUCUACUUUGUUGAAAUACCUCAUGUAAUACCUCAUUCUUUCCUUUAUUAAAAAAAAAAAACUUCAAUGUCUUUGGUAUGAUUUAUGGAGGAGCAAUUCACAUGAUCAGCUAGUUUGUUUUCAUAUGUACAGUACUGAAUAUAUACUGUUAGAUCUGUCCUGUAUUUAUGUAGAAUAGAUGGUGGCUAGCCCAGACCCAUCUUAUCUAAAUCAAAUAAAAAUACCUUUGAUAACACA